GGUGCCCCGGGGGCGGGACGGUGCCCCGGGGGGUCGCGGGGGGCUGCAGCGACCGCAUUCUCCCCGCCUGGAGCGGGUCGGCCGGUGGAAGCGUCCCGGCGUGCCCGGGGAUGGGGACGGUCCCCGCUGAGCCCUUAAUAUGCUGCAGCCGCUAAGCGCCUUAGCGCGCUGCGCCCGCCGCUGCCCCCGGCCCCGCCACUGAGCCCCGCGGAAGCGGGGACCCCUUCCCCCUGCCUGGGCAAGCCGGGUGACACGGCAGCAGCAAAGGGUCCCCCGGCUGGGGCUGUCGGUGCUCCCGGGUGGCCGAGGAGCGGGCAGGGUGCUGGGGAGCUGGGCACGGCGUGGCACUGGGUUGCUCUCGGGAGGCAGUGGGGUGGCCGGGGCGCUAGAGAGGUGACCCCGUGGGACAGCUCGCGUCAUGGUCGACUACUACGAAGCGCUGGGGGUGAGCCGCAACGCCACCGCUGAGGACAUCAAGAAGGCGUACAGGAAGGCUGCGCUGAAAUGGCACCCGGAUAAAAACCCAGACAACAAGGAGUAUGCUGAACAGAGGUUCAAGGAGAUUGCUGAGGCGUACGAAGUGCUGUCGGACAAGCAGAAGCGUGACAUCUACGACCGCUAUGGCAAGGAUGGACUCAUGGGAGCAGCAGGACCAGGUGGCUCCAGGGCCAGUGCUGGGGCUCCCGAAUUCACCUUCACCUUCCGCAGCGCUCACGACGUCUUCCGGGAGUUCUUUGGUGGACGAGACCCCUUUGCUGAGUUCUUUGAUGACAUGAUGCCCUUCUCUGAGCUGCGAGGACCUGGCCCCCGGCACCAUGGGGGAGGCCACUUCUUUUCCCCCUUCCCAGGAUCCUCAGAUUUCUUCGCCUCAUCCUUCAGCUCUGGAGCAGAUGGAGGACUGGGCUUCCGCUCUGUUUCCACCUCCACCACCUUUGUUAACGGCAGGCGCAUCACCACCAAGAGGAUUGUUGAGAACGGGCGGGAACGGGUGGAAGUGGAGGAGGAUGGGGAGCUGAAGUCGAUCCACAUCGAUGGUGUUCCUGAUGACAUGGCGCUGGGGCUGGAGCUGAGCCGGCGGGAGCAGCAAGUCUUCCCCAGGCCACGGCCCCCCUCCCCACCAGCACCGGCCCCACACCACACCUCCAGCUCCUCACCUGUCUGCCUCUACACGGAUAGCGAGGAUGAGGAUGAGGACUUGCAGCUGGCCAUGGCCUACAGCCUCUCUGAGAUGGAAGCUGCGGGGCACCACCAAGCAGGUGGGCACAGCCCCGGCUCCCUGUCGGCAGCGGGGGGCAGCCACAGCAGCCCGUCCUCCACCCGCAGAGCCCGUGGUGCCCGGGGGAGGCAGGAGCAGGAGCCACUGGGGGCCAGCAGUUCUGCUACAGAGGGGCACGAACCUGCCCCCAAAGUGAAGCUGUGGCACUGCCCCCUUCUCUGAGCGUGGGCCAGGGAGAGGAAAGCAGGGCUGGAGUCUCACUGCUUGGAACUCAGCUCCUGCCUCCCCUAGCAAGGGAGGGGGGUGUCUUCUGCCCUGCCUCCUUGCUCAGGUGAGCGGAUGGCUAGUGGCAUCCCAGCGUUGGAGGCUCCCAGACUUGGAGGUAGUGGCUUGAAGAGGAGCCCCCUUGAUGGGGUCCCAGGAAGAGGGGCAGCUCCCUGCCCUAGCUGCUGGAAGCGUGGGGGGCCUGUGGGCAGACAUGCUCUGGUUGUGCCUGCCCCUCUCUCCCUGCCAGCCCUCCAGGUGGCAGGGUCUCCAGCAGGUGCCUCCCUGGCUGCAGCCUGCCCUUGCCCAGGCUGCAGGGAGUGCCGAGUUGAGCUCCCCUCCUUGCAAGGAGGGCUGUGCAAAUAGCCUCUGCUUGGUGCCUUGUGUCUUGUCUUAUCCCUCUGGAUGCUGUUGCUCCUGCCUGUACUCCCUCCUCUGUCUCCUUGCAGACUCUGCCUGGUCACUCCCUUCCGUACGCCUUGCACACCCUCCAGGGCACUGUCCCCCCUUGCUUCCCACAGCAGCAGUGACCCUCCGUGAUGUUCACAACUGUUCCUACUCUCUUCAUUGC